CUGAAUUCCGGCAGAUCCCACAUCAAUGAAAGCAAAGCAAAGCCACCAAGCCAUCGUCAUGUCCACGUCGCUGCGAGUAAGCCCCUCCAUCCACGGCUACCACUUUGACACAGCCGCAAGGAAGAAAGCUGUGGGCAACAUCUUUGAAAACAUAGACCAAGAGUCACUACAGAGGCUCUUCAAGAACUCGGGAGACAAGAAAGCUGAGGAGAGAGCCAAGAUAAUUUUUGCCAUAGACCAAGAUUUAGAGGAGAAAACACGAGCACUGAUGGCCCUGAAGAAGAGGACAAAGGACAAGCUUCUCCAGUUUCUGAAACUGCGCAAAUACUCCCUCAAAGUCCACUGAGGACAGCAGGACCAUGAAGACCUUAUCUGAGUGGACAUUUCAGGACCAAGCGUGUUGGUGAGACCCGAACAGAGGCCGCACUUGGCUGCUGUGUGGCCAGCUUCUCCACCAGGACUCAGAAGUGGAAAGGAACACAGCAGACUGGCUGCAAAGACUCCAACCAGCUUCAUGCCCUGUGCUGCCGCAGUGGGGGACGCAGUGCCUUUGGUGAGCACUGAAACUUCUGUGCAGGAAAGGACUGGCGUUGGUAGCAGAGGCUGGACAGACGCAGAGAGAGCCGAGACAGCAGAUGGCUGGGGAAGAUGUGCACCCAGGGCCACUUGCCAGGCCCUAGGACUUAAAUUCAAACUGAUUCUUUCUUUCUUUCUUCCUUCCUUUCUCUCUCUCUCUCUCUCUUUCUGUCUCUCUCUUUCUUGCUAUCAAACUGGGUAGGGAGUAGGAGGAGGGAGAAGAAGAGAGAAUACCAAAUAUAAAUUGUUCACUGAAUUUUUUAGCUGAAUGUUCAAAAUGUUGUCAAGCCUCAAUGUUGUCUAUUGCUAUAGAUUUUUAGAGGUCAGUAAUGGAUUAUUUAUUUGCAUUUGGGACAGUGCCUAAGAAAGCACACAAGGCGUGAAGUAUAAGUUCAAGGGCUGAUAGGCUUUCCACAACUUAGUAAAACCCAUGCCACUUUCUGGCUUGUGUGUAAAGGGCUUUUAUACAUUCCAAAGAACGGGGUCCUUCAUAAAUCUGAAGUACUGUGAAAAAUUUUACAAUGUUUUUUAUCUUCUGACUAAUGCUAAAAUAUAAUGUAAUUAAAAUCUUUACAGUUGCUGUAGCAAGCAUUAGAAAGUAAAUGUGGAAUGUGAUAUUCGAAAUAGCUCAUGAAGAUGCUAUGGCUUUAUAAUUUAUUCUACAAGU